AUGGAUACGACGCAGCAGCCAUCGUCUAGUUCGUCAAAUGAACAAGAACAGAGACCAAGCACCCCCGAGCCUCAAACACAACCAACACAGGUGCGAGCUCGAGCUCGAGCUCAUCAUCAUCAUCAUCAUAAUCACAACCAUAAUCACCACCUCUCAGGUUCAAGUUCCAGCAAGCCACUAGCAGCAGCAGCAGAUUUAGAUUUAGCUUCGGCGCCACAGUAUGACCCGGCGCAAGUGCGACACCAGUAUGGUGAUAACAACACCAAUGUUAAGAGCGCACCAUCAACGACCCCACCGCCAACUCCACCCACCAAGCAACGGCAGCAAAAGCAGCAACAAGAUGGCACGUUCUCAAACUUUCAGUUGCCAAACGACAUUUUAAAGAACCUCACACCCAUAGCCAAGUCGCCACCAAAAGACAAAUCGAGAACGUACUUGAGGAGGCAGAGGUACAUUGGCAAAGUCCAAUUAAAGCUCCGUGCCCAACAUAAUCGAAUCGAUAAACAGAUUCGAGAUUGCAAAGAUGAACAAAUGCGAUUGAUCCAAUUCCAGUCUGCUCGAUUAUCUGCUGAGUUUGAAAAUGCUCGCAGUAGGAGAGACGAGUAUCUCCAGUCGAUUCGCGAUCGAGCUGGUAGGUUUGUUCGAGUUGAAACGUUGCCCGUUGAAUCUGCUCCUGUUGAGCAUGUGUUUUUCGCACUGGCUAAUGAAUCUGGAUCUGAUGCUGGUGAAAGAAAAGAUAAAAGACUAGCGCAGCUUGAGAGUUGCUGCCCUCGUGUGGCUGUUGCCAUGGUGGACCUUCAACGACGAUGCCGUGCCGUUGUUUUCAACGAACACAUCAGGUUCAUUCAACAAACUUGCUUUUUGAAUAAAUUUGAAACGAUUUCAUUUACUCAAGUGUUGACUGUUCUCAACUCGGAGUCAAGUAUCAAAAAGAGCCUCGCUUAUAUCAUCCAAUACUUGAAGAUCGCCGCGAAUCAAUACGAAGUCAAGUCUUUUCUUUACUGUUUUAUCAUGAUUUCAGACUUUAUCGACUGCAUGCAGAAUGGUCUGCAUCAUCCCGGGUUCAACUGCAACUCCACCACCAUAAACACUAGCACCACCUCUGGUACAGCUGGGCUUGGCCGGUCCAGCACCCGCGCCAGCACCAGCGCCAGCACCAGUGAAGAGACCAAUUUCUACAACAACUGUAUUUGGGUGAUGCUAUACAAGGUCAGCACUUGUAUGAUCCAGGAGUUUAAAAAAGUCGUCUUUGCCAAACAGGUGAAUGCAAAAUUCAUCAAACACUGGACCACGUUCAAGUUCAUUUUUAAAAUCUUCAAGUGGAAUCAUCUCAAGGGGAUCAAAGAGUUGCUCUACGGGUCAAUUUCGAUUGCCGAUCAGCAGCUUCGAAUCUUGCAAUUUGAACAAGGCUCAAACUUGACUCAUAUAAGUCGGCAACGAACGAAGCUCAACUUGGAGUUGGCGUUGUUGAGUAGGUACAAUGUGCGCAAUUUGGAAGAGUUUAAUUUCUCCGAUGAAGUUGUCAGUUUCACCACGCCCAUUCUCCAGCAUAUUAGAGAAGUGAUGGGCCAGUUGCAAUCAAACAAGCUGAUGCAUAGUUUUAUCCAGAAUCGGCCAAACUUUAUAUGCUUUGACUCGGCGAAAUUCCACAUUCCUGAAAUAUUACCCUUAGAUGAAUGGAGAAGUUUCUGGAUGAGUUUUUAUUUCGAGAAAUACGCCAACAAACGAAGCUUCCCGCUGAAGUUGAAGACGGGUUACUUGGGAGAAAUCGAGCCAUCUUCACCCGCGGGAGUGUUCAACUACCGGGAAAUGAUUGAUUCCAUGAUUGAUAUCGCCUCGCUCGACCUCGCGAGCUGUUAUGAGUAUUUGUAUGAUUUUUAUUUGGAGUUUAGCCAUGUGGUCCCUUCGUUUCCCAAUAUCGAGGGAACAGUGCCGGACAUUUUCAAGAUCCAAAAGCUAAUUGACCAUUUCCGGGGCUCCAAAAUUGGCAAAUUGUUCCACUUUGACGAAGAGUACGACGUGCAGGACCCAACGCAAUUGAAAUACAACAUUGUCACGCAGUGGAUCAAAAAGUGCCAAUUUGAUAAAUUCGACGAGUUUGCCAAGUUUGAAAACUUGUUUGUGAUUGUCAACAGCGCCAAUUUCGACAAUUUGAAGUAUGCCAUUGUUCCUCAAAAUCCAAAUCUCUUGUUUCCCAAGUUUUACAAGAUAUUGACCAAGAUCCAAGAUAUCGAGAUCAACGAGCAACGGGCGCUCCAUAUAGUCGAUGCAUCUUGCAAAAACAGGAUCGAAAAGCUCUUGACUACAAAGCCCAGGCCCAAUUUCGAUGCAGAAAAGUUUUUCCGCAAUGUGCUCUGCUUUAUGAUUGCCCACAAUGACAAAGGUGAUGGUGACGAGGAUGGCGAGGAUGAAGAUGACUAUGAAGAGAAUGAAAUAACGGUCAACUUUGCCCAGCAUUUAAAGUCAUUCACUAGGCAAUGGAACAAGUUGGUCAACACCGACUGCUUGCUGAUCAUGUUUCGAGCCUACUAUGGCUGCGACAUCCCCAAGAAAAACUUGUCACUGCACCUACUAUCCCUCGACCAAAUUCAAGAUGCCAAUUUUGUCACGUACUACAAGACCCAUUCGCCUGCAAUCAAGGCCAUUUUUCGUGGGAAAUGGCUAGCGGCGAUGGAGAGCCGUCACCGGGGUGCUCAAGUCGGCAUGAGCGGCGUUUUCCAUCGGUGCUUGCGGGACAUUGAGAUUUUAAGCGGCGAGAUCUCGCAAUUUACUUCGUAUUUGUAUUUGGUUUACCAGCCUAUUUUCAACUGGAUCUAUGAGGAUUUGGCCAUGCCCUAG